AUGCAGAUACCGCUGCUCUCCAGCAGACGAAGGGCAGGAGGAGCAGGAGAAGGUAGGAAGAGGCUGCAGCACAUGCAGAGAGCGAUGCAGAAGUUGGUCCCUGCGUCCGUCCUCACUGCCAUGCUGGUCUGUGUGGUGACGUUGGCCGGCUACGGGACGAGGAUGGAGCAAGGACGGGUAGAGCUCGUCUCGCAGGGGGACGACGCGUUCAUGGACAGCUUCAUCCACAAGAGCAAGAGAGAUGCCAUGAAGGGCAUGAACUAUGUACGCUCAUACGUGCAAGACAUCAAGAAAGGAGAUGUAGCCAACACCCUGGAGAGCUUGGAGAGAAGCAGGAGGGCCCAGCGAUCGGCGUUGAAGCAGAAGAAGCUCGCCGGCAUCUUGGAGCCGAGCAGCCACCACAUGCUGGAUGAUCUUCUCAAGACAGAGAUGAGAGCCAUGGGCGCGCAGAGCUCUCGGGGGGAGUCCAUGGCUCUCUCCAGGACCAUGGAGGACAAGAUGGGCAGGCAGGACGUAAUGGACCUCCAGGCCAUGCGAAGACGAGCUGAGGCUGCGGAGGUGAAGCCAGCUGGGAGGCACGGCCACCCGAAGAUCAAAGGAGAGAUCCCUCGCCUUCCUUCCAAGGCUGUUGAUCUCAUGAAGUCUCUCGGAGAGGCCAAGAAGCAUCGUGCCAGCCCGAGAAAGUCGUCAAAACUCUCUUCACAUGCCCGAGAGUCUCAGUUGUAUCAUCUUCCGAAGACUAUGGGGUUGCAUGCGAUGGACAAAUUCGGCUUUAUGAAGAACAUCCUGCAAGAAAUCAAGAGUACACGGCAGUCUCACGUUGGAGUCGAUAGGAUGCUGCUCGGUCGGAUGAGAGAUCGCGCAGCGAGAAGAGGGCGGCUGCUGUGGAAGACCAGUACAGCAUGCCCAUGCAAGACAUGA